AUGGCGCACCAUUCGGACAUUACUUCUGACAUAGAUUCGGACGUGUUCGAUUCCGAUGAUGAUGAUAAUGAAGAAUUUACUACAUUUCGAGGUCCGUGGUUUAAUGUAGUGGAUCCUAGCUCGUUUAUCAUGCCGGACCCUGAUUUCCAAGAAGAAACAGGGCCCGUCAAUUUUGAUCCAGGAGAUAUCAAGAAGAAGCAGGCCCCCAUGAUUUUAUGUCCACAUUCACGGUUCCGUGAUUGGUAUCCCGUAACCCGAGAGGAGAUGUUGGCUUUUAUGGGCAUUGUGUUGAGCAUGGGGGUAGUGAAGAAACCAACAUAUGAAUCUUACUGGGAGAGUAAUACACGUGCUUGGUCAAUGGAAACUCCAAAUUUUUCCCAAAUCAUGGCUAGAAAUCGAUUUCAAGCCAUACUGCAGUUUCUCCAUUGCAAUGAUAACACAACGGCAGCAGAACCUGGGGAAAUUGGGUAUGAUCCACUUCACAAAAUUUCUCCAAUCAUUGAGUUUUUCAACGAAACCUUCAGCCGAAAUUACAAGCUUAACUGGGAUGUUUGUGAAGAUGAAAGAAUAGUAGGUUUUAAAGGAAGGCAUCAACUCAAACAAUACAUCUCAAAUAAGAAGGCACACAGAUGGGGGAUAAAACUUUGGGUGCUGUCCGACUCCACUUCUGGGUACACUCAUCACAUUAACGUAUACAAAGGCAGGAGAAAUGAGCGACGCAGUCCGAACGGACAAGGUUAUCAGGCAGUAAUGGACUUGAUGGAACCCCAUUUCUACAAAGAGCAUCAUGUCACUUUCGACAGUUUUUUCACCAGCCCCAGACUGGUAUACGAUCUCUUGGACAAGGACACCCAUAGUACAGGAACAGUUAUCAAGUCUCGAAAGGAUAUGCCUUCCAGUUUUAAGAACCCAGCAAUGCAGAGAGGAGAUGUGAAUGUUAAGACACGUGCUGGAGUGAUGGCUGUACAGUGGGCGGACAGGAGAGUUGUAUCUUUGUUGACCACUACUGGUUCUGCAAGGCAAAUACAAACAACAAAUGGAAAGGGUCGCGAAGUUUCUAUUCCUGCCAUAAUAGAUACCUACAAUCUUACGAUGGGAGGGGUCGAUCUCGGAGAUCAACUAAUUCUCCAAUUUGAGCCAUAG